CGCUCAGUGAGAGCAAAGGUUGAUUGAUAGGCUCCAUUUGGGUUUAGACAGCACAUCGGGUUUCUUCCUGCACUUUGGUUUUUUUAGUGUUAACUAGCAGCAUUAAUUUAGUCAUGGAAUAUGAUGCGCUGCCUUUAUUACAUGUAUAAUGCAGAAGCGCUGAUCAGCCAGUGAUUAGGGGAGUGACCCCUGCUGUUUUCAGUUUUUCAGUGUCGUCACUAUCGAUGCAAGGUCUCUUUAACGCUGCGAGACGUCGCAAAGCAGACAGAUAAGCAUGCACUUAAUAACCAGGAAUUUCGAGUACAAAUGAGCCCUUCUGCCUCUUUGGAAAUGCAGUAUCUCUGGUAGUCGAGACGGAACCGCAGCAGAACCGAAGGGGAACAUUCCCCAAGUUUAAGGGACAUGCAAACCAGGCGCCAGGAGUUACUUGAAAGAUUCGGCAAGGGACCUGAUACAGGACUGCGUUUCCGCGACGUCUUAGCAGCCUGUGAUCCCAGGAGGACAUCAGUCACCGUCCAGAGGAUGACUGACAAGGAGCCGCUCCUACGCCGUCCGGCUUGCAACUCCGGGCAGAAGAAGGAGACGAGACGUGCGGCAUUCCAGAAACCCAAGGGCACCACGGAGUACUGCGUGGAAUCGCGGGACACGCUGAACAGCAUCGCCCUGAAGUUCGACACCACCCCCAACGCGCUUGUCCAGCUGAACAAACUCUUUUCCAGGGCUGUCGUUCCCGGACAGAUUCUGUACGUCCCCGAUCCUGACUACGUCUCCAGCGCUGAGAGCUCCCCCUCCCUAAGCCCCGUCGGCCCCCUGUCUCCCACCUCAUCCGAGGCCGACCUUGAGAAGCUCACCACGGAUUCAGAUGGAGCUCCUCAGAAGGACAUUCCAGUUCCCCAGGUCCACAUCCCUCCCCGUAGCACCCGGGUGGUGUCAUCCACCUCCGAAGAGGAGGAGGCGCUGACGGAGAAGUUCCUCAAAAUCAACUGCAAGUACAUCACGGACGGCAAGGGCAUCAUCAGCGGGGUGCUCCUGGUCACGCCCAACAACAUCAUGUUCGACCCCCACCGGGCGGACCCCCUGGUGCUGGAGCGUGGCUGCGAGGAGUACGGCAUCAUGUGUCCUCUGGAGGAGAUCAUGUCUGCCACUGCAUACAAGGAGAUAAGCGACGUCAAGAUCAAGGAGUCCAUCCCCGCAGAUCUAGAAGCCCUCUUGUCAGGGUCUGACCCAGGUCCCCCGAAGAGACCCACACGUGCCGACAUAAUGGGACCAUGCCCUCAGGACACGGGCAAUGACAGCGGCAGCACAGCCCCCCGCAGCACCGAGGGCUCCGUCUCUGAGGAGGUCUUCACUGAGUCGGAGCUCUCCCCCAUCCGAGAGGAGUUGCCCUCUUCCGACGAGCUGCACCUCAACAAGUCGUCCGGCGCCUCCUCAGAGUCAGUGCAGACCAUCAACCAGGUUAAAGCCCCGGAGGCAAAGGAACCUGAGGCAGAGAGCAGUUCUCUGGGAAAUUCUCAGAGUGCGCCCCCUGCUGGUGAGGCAGAUGGGGUCGAGUCCGGCAUCUCCAAGUCACAAGAGGGACUUGGGAAAGAGGAAACUCAGAAAGUCGGGGCAGAUGAGGGGCUACAAGUCAAGACAGAAGAGGAGCCACAGACCAGUGAGCUGAAAAAGGAACUGGACCAGAAACAGGAUGCAGCCGGACCGUCAGAGGUGCCCGAGAGCCAGGAAAUGGCUGAAGGAAUGGAGGCACGCGGGGAGAAACAAAGGCAGCAAACACACAGGUUCCUGUGCUUGCGGGUCGGCAGGCCCAUGAAGAAGACCUUUGUGUCGCAAGCCAGUGCCUCCAUGCAACAGUAUGCCCAGAGGGGCAGGAAGCAUGAGUACUGGUUCACUGUCCCACAGGAGAGGUCAGACCACCUAUACCUGUUCUUCGUCCAGUGGAGCCCAGAGACUUACGGGGAUAGGGGUGUGAUCCAGGCCCAAGAACCAGGGUUCAAGGUGGUCAAGAGGAAUGAGCAUAUAGGAGUCAGUGAGGAGGAGAAGACCGAUAUCUCGACGAAAGAGUGGGAGGUGGUCUCAGAGGAUGAGUAUCAACGUCGGGUCGAUGCGCUAAACAGCGAGGACCUGCGCGCUCUCUGCAAGCGUCUACAGAUAACCACCAAGGAGGAGCUCACCACGAAACAUGGCACCUCCAACAUGGCCGAGCUGGAGCUGGAGGCUCUGAAGCCCACCCUUAGCGAGCCCAGCAGCCUGCUGCAGGUGGAGCAGAUUGAGAAGCUUGCAAAGACCCUGCCACCCAGAACAUUUGGGUACCCCUGGUCACUGGCAUUCAGCACGUCUAAGCACGGUAUGAGCAUCAAGACACUGUACAGGACCAUGCAGGCUCAGGAUUCGCCCGUGCUCAUGAUCAUCAAGGACAGCGAUGGCCAGCUGUUUGGCGCACUGGCAUCAGAACCAUUUAAAGUCAGCGAAGGAUUCUAUGGUACUGGAGAAACAUUCCUCUUUACCUUCUGUCCAGAACUAGAGGUGUUCAAAUGGACGGGAGACAAUAUGUUUUUCAUCAAGGGAGACAUGGAUUCCUUGGCAUUUGGUGGCGGCGGGGGAGAAUUUGGCCUCUGGCUGGAUGGAGAUCUGUAUCAUGGCCGGAGUCAUUCCUGCAAAACCUUUGGCAACCCCUUACUGUCGAAAAAGGAGGACUUCUUUGUGCAAGACAUCGAGAUCUGGUCAUUUGAAUAGCAGCCCGGGAGAAUCUACGGACCAAACUCACCCCUCACUCCCCAGGGCUGCAGUGCCCAUCCCUGCGGCGUCUGGGACGCCCCGGGUGGCACAGUGGACGCUGCUUAUGUGUAUUUGCACUGUAUCCACAUGGCGUUUCUGUUCAUGCAGUGGCUGUCUGUGAGUUUCAUUAAAGCUGUGUGUGGCUUGAGUGUGACGCCAUGGGGCGGUACGUCAGCCGAACCGAGACGUCGGACGGAGAGUCCGCGAGGGAGACGAGCCUCAGCCCCCCUAUGGACACCCCAACGUCUUCUGGAACCCUGUACACUUCAUCCCUGAUAGGAUAAUGACCCCUAGAAGACGGUUAAUAUCUACUAACUGCAAGGGAGAUGAGCCCUGACCGAGGCUGGCUUUCCGGCCUCGUCGGGGAAUAAUUCCUCAUGAAGCAAAGUGAGAGACCAUGCAUUUCAUUCCUGUCCUUCACCACCGUACCACCAUCCUGAGUAUGCACUGCACAUGUACUAUAGGUAUACCCGCAAUGGCCAUAAUCGUGACGUUUCGUUCAUUGGGUGUAUGUGUGUGCUGAGCCAACUGGCAGCCUCUGCGAGGUCCGGCGCCAUGUGCAUUUACUCCAGGCAGUACCGCGUCUCAAUAUACGUCCGUGGAUCAAUAUGCAAAUUACUGUCAUGUAACCCCCACUUCCUGCUGAUGGGUGUUUUGUCAGCCUGUCGUUCCUUCAGAGAAAAUAAUUUUCUCUCAAGUAUAAGCCUAAGUUGUGGGUUAUUGUUUUACAUAAACAUAUAGCGAGUAUAUAUUUAUAUAUGAGCGUAAUAGACCUGUUGUUUUUUGCUGUUUAGUGUGACUGCAGUCGUGUGCUGAUACUCCAGCUAUUGUUAAUAAAUGACAUAUACUACUGGGUACAUUGCAAAAUUUUGAUUUCUUCCCAUAGUCGUGUAAUGUACGAAGUGUGAAUUACUCAGUUGUGACUGAUGGCUCUCUCACUUGCUGCGCUCUCCGUAAGUCCCCUGGCAUUACUCUGUCCUCGCUGACCCACAUGUGGCUUUUCCAGUCAGCCAUGUUUUUCAGUGACUCAGGUUAAUAAUAGUUUUUUUUUUUCCUUCCCAUAAUGAUGUUCUGAGAUGGCCAGCCUGCAUGUUGCACGUGAAAGAUGCUGACUGCCACCCACGUUCACGGUCUCUAUUUUAUCGCUACCGUGAACGGAACGCAGACUAGCUCAGGACCGUUCUAUCAUACCAGUAUUUCAGCACCUUACUAAACAUAUUUGGUCUUCCAUAGCAAUAGUAUCAUCCCUGUUGAGUCGGGGAAAAAAGAAAUUAAAUGUGCAUUUCCAUCUGCCAGACUACAAUGCAAUAUUGAUGUUCAAAUAACAAUAAAUGUAAUUUGUCAUCUGG